AUGCCGAACGGAAGUGGCAGGAUCAAUACGCAAGUACCAGUCAUCAACACACUCCUGCUUUUCUAUCCAACCAACCACAACACCAACAACUGGCAAGUCAAAUCCCCAACAUCAUCGCUAAACCUCAUGUCUUUUAGGGACUGGCUUGCAGCGUGUAUUGCGGAGGCUGUGUGUCUUUGAGACGCUGCAUGACUGUACGAGAAGGGCCGCGAAACUAAGAUUUGCUUGGUAUCAAAGUUGAGAUUGUGUGGUGGGCAGAGGGGAAAUUUUGGUAUCUUUAGCUCCAGGGGUGAUAGAGGGGUUGAUUUUACAAGUGGAAUGUCGAUUGCUCUUUCGACACGAGUCAGCAAAUCAUGUAUAGAACAUACC